AACCCCAAUCCCAACCGCAGAAUUUUGAAGAAAAACCGAGCAAACGAGAAAGAUCGAUAAUAAACCGAGUCCAUCCCUCCAACGACCCUUUUCCACCCAAAUCAAAAUCCCUGAAGAUCUCUAAAAAUCAAUCUUAUUAUUAGUUAACCACCACCUGAAGGCUAAAGCCCAUCUCAUCUCUUCAUCACCAUCACUCGCUCCCUCCGUCGACGAUAACCAGCGCCUCCACAAUCCAGAUUCAAUUCAACUUCAGAAAUUGAGAGCACUGCUCUUCCGAUUCCAAAACGCUACUCUCUGAUCGCCUUUCUGUCAGGGCUGGGAAUUCCGAAAGGUCAAUGGCGAGGAUCAAGCCUCAAGCUCUCCUCCAGCAAACCAAAAAGAAGAAGGGCCCGAGCAGGGUCAGUGUCCCUACCAUUCUCCUCUACGCGCUCCUUCUUUUUGUCAUGCUCUUUUUCCUUUUUGCCACCUACAGACAUUGGUCUCGCAGAUCACUGGUUCAUUUGCAAGAUACCGUAUCAGUUGAGGAGGGUCAUAGUGUUUUAGCUGAUCCAAAAAAAUCUGCUAUUCCUAGAUAUGCGGUCAUACAAACUACAAAAGGCUCACUGAGUGUGGAACUUUUCAAGGAAGGUUCUCCUGAAGUUGUUGAUGAAUUUAUCGAAUCAUGUAAGAAGGGGCACUUUAAGGGGAUGCAGUUUAAUCGUGUAAUAAAGAACUUUGUUAUUCAAGGAGGUGAUGUCGAAAGGUCUGGUGCUACAGAAGAUUGGACUGCGAGAGGAAAACAUUACAGUCAACUUGACACAAGUCUAAAGCAUGAAGCUUUUAUGCUUGGAACUUCUAAGACAAGACAUGAUGGUGGAGGAUUUGAUCUUAUCAUUACUACUGCUCCGAUCCCAGAUCUAAAUCAGAAGAUUAAUAUAUUUGGACGUGUUAUCAAAGGGGAAGAUAUUGUUCAGGAAAUUGAAGAGGUGGAUACAGAUGAGCUCUAUCGACCCAAAACCAGGAUAGAGAUAACUGAAGUGACUCUGAAACAAAAUAGUUGAAGGUCAAGUCUGCUAAAAUCUCUCAUCCUACAGUGCGCAUAUUUACAGUGUUGGACAAAGCCUGUAGCUGGAAUUGCAUUUCACAUCUGACACGACUACAUAUCGAAAUGAUAGUCAUUGGAAGCGUACAGCCUUUGUUGAUUAACAUGACGCAGCUGUCAUUUCUUGUAAUUUCAAAUGGGAUAGAAUUAUGUGUUAGUUCCUUCCUCCCCCUCCUUCCUUUUUUCGUUGUAUUGAUGCAGCUGGAUUUGCUUCAGGUUCAAAAUUUUGAUGGCAGAACAGGGUGAUAGUAUUUAUUAUUAAUACUGCAGUGGUAUAUUUGUUGUGUGGCAUUGCAAAACUCCCAGGCUCCUUUUUCUCGGAGAUUAGCCUCCCAACAGCUUUGGGUAGAAAUUAUUAACGUUUAACAGGUAUUGAACCUUUUGAAUUGGCUUGCUUUU